ACCCCACAGUCUUGUGAAAAUCACAACAGUCCUGUCACCAUCAGUCACCGAACGUUUUCUGGCCUGGCGCACGUGCACGGGGACCGAGGAAGAGGAUUUGGACUCUCGGGACAGACGAAGUUUUGAGGAGUGCUGGAUAAUUCAUUGGAACGAGAUUUUCUGGGUAGAAUUCCGUGAAAGCCUAGCCCGAUAAGCGGCCGUGAAUUUUGUAGCUUUUGUAGCUUUUUUUUCUCUUUUCAGACCAGCGAAUUCAGAGCCCUCAUGUGUGCACAAUGCCACUGUCGUGAAUUGUACCGCCGCCUGUCUGGUUGAACAUUGAGUUGCUGCUUCUCGUCUGCUGAGGCGCCUUUGCAUCACUCGUGUUCCAGGCAUUGCUGUAGUGUUGUUUUUGGGAUUAAAAAACAAGCUGGAAGGUCAGGAAUUGCGUCGUUGAAUUUUACAGUGUUCGUGAGCAUUCGUUGGAUCAUGGAUAGUUUAGGAGGGAGCUGAAUCCAGGGACGUUAUCUUGAGGUCUUCAUCGCACUCAUCACAGACAAUUGAAAACUUCGUCUUCUCAUUGAAGCUUCGCUCUCUAAUAUCAGCUGAUACACAAGUUCGAAGGAGGAACUUGAUUGAUAAUUGAUACCUUCACGCUUUUCAUACCCUCUAUAUCAUAUGAACUUUUAGAAACCAUCCAGUAAGCAAGGCUGGAGUCUCUUUGUAAAGCCACGGUGACUGCAACGUUGUCAGUAUCGCUGGCCGUUGGCCAGGCGGUCAUGAUGGCAACCAAAAGGAAGUACUAUGCCGUCAAGUCGGGGCAUGUGCCUGGAAUAUAUGACACCUGGGAAGAUUGCAAGCGACAGGUUACUGGAUUUAAGGGAAAUCAGUACAAGAGCUUUCCGACCCUUGUGGAGGCAGAGCAAUAUUUGAACUCUCUUGCUGGUUCUUCAAAAAAUGUGGAAUCUGCUGUUGUGUCUGUUUCUUUACCAGCUGAGAAGGAAGCAAAAAGCGAUCGGUCUCAUAAAUUUUUCGGCCCAAUCAAGGAGAUACAAAAACCGAGUCGUGAGAGCAAGCCAUUCAAGAGCAAUGCAAUUUCAAUCUGUUCAUCCUUGCUGGACAUGCGGGGAAGCGAUAUUUGUACAUUAUCGCCAGCGAAUUCCACUAUAUCUGUGAAGAAGAAACUGGAACGAGCAUCACUUGCCUUACCAACACAACAUGGUUUUGACGAAUCGCCCGUCAUUGAUCAUGACGCAGUUUAUCAACUGGAGUACGACGGGGCAUCCAAAGGAAAUCCUGGUCACGCUGGUGCUGGAGCCCUUAUUCGCCACCCAGAUGGAACAGUGGUUUGUGAAUUGACAGUAGGCUUGGGAAAGGCGACCAACAAUGUUGCAGAGUACAGAGGCCUAAUUGCUGGCUUGAAGAAAGCGCUUGACCUGGGUAUACAGCGGAUUCAAGCCCAAGGAGAUUCUAAGCUCGUUACACAGCAGGUUCGUGGUGUUUGGGCUGUGAAGAAUGAGAACCUUGCUGUGCUAUGCAAGGAAGCGAGAAGGCUGGUUACGAGUUUCAAAGGUUUUGAGAUUCGCCAUGUGGAUAGAGAAUGGAAUUCGGCAGCCGACGCUCUUGCAAAUAAGGCAGUGGGACUUGCUGAGGAGAAAUUGUAGCACAUCCGUGCGCUGAAAUCGAAGAAAGAUAACCAACACUUACUCAAAUAAGGCAUGGCUUCCCAAAAAGCAGAACCCAAUGGCUCUACAGCUCCAGCAGGACGUAAGAGCAGAAGAGUUUCGCCAGUUUGCCUGAGCUGCAGACACUGCUUUUGGCCUUCACGGUGAGACUUAUAAAGCGGGAUAUGUUCGGCCAAUCAGAGUUUGAAGAAGAUCAGCUUACCUCGACCUGUCGCCUGGCCGAUUUGAAUCGAAUCCAGGUAGAGGUCAUUGGGGCGUCUCACCACCCGUGGUUAAAACCCUGGCCGCAGUUACUUCAAGGUGUUGAGCUACAGUUAAGACCUCAAGUUGAAGUCUUGUACGUUACUCAAAAUUGGAUUGAUUAGACACGAGCCAGUUGAAUUGGCGUAUACAGCCUUACAACUUCAAACUUCGUGUGUAAAACUGUAAUCGUCUAAACAUCAGCUUGCAGCUCCAGAGCACCUUCAGAGGAGUUGGGAGCAGAGAUUGACGAUUGGGGUACCCUAAACCGUCACAUUUGACAGGAGACGCUAGACUUGAUAUUGUAAAAUUCUCGCAAGAUGGACCGUUAUGACUUCAUGUUGCCACAAAAUACCUUCCGAAAUUUUGCUUUGAUCGCGUACUAAUGAAACACGGGCAACGAUGGUUGCCAGUUUGUAAUCAAAACCAUCUCCAUGUACAAAAUCUUAUGGGAAUGGACUAUUUUAUAAAGUAUUAUGACAUG